UGCACAGGCGCAGAGCGCAGCUCGGUGCUGGAGAAGCUGAAAGGCACAAAGGCAGCUCGAACUGGCCGACACACCGACACUCCCCAGCGGACAGCCGCCACCGCAGCCUCCGGAGGCGCCCUUGGAGAAAGACGUGUAAGCGCCGUAGGAAGUGGCCCCCUACGCCCCGCUGUUCACACACUGACGACUGAGCUGCUGUGCGCAGGGAUGGAUUUAAGCAGAUGACUGAGUGCGUGAGAAAUGCUGCAGGAGAAGGCUUCAGCUGUAACGGAUGAGUGUAUGAGUCGGGUCCAGAGCGGCGUGGAGACAGAUGUCCUCCCAGACCAGUCACGACUGGGCCUGUCCAAAGCUUCCGCCAUUCCCAGCUCCAAUGAGCCUGAGCAGAACAUUGAGAAUAUUAAGGUCGUCCUUCAUGAGAGGGACCUGUGGAAGAAGUUCCACGAGGCCGGGACAGAGAUGAUCAUUACUAAAGCAGGCAGGAGGAUGUUUCCAAGCUACAAGGUCAAAGUGACUGGGAUGAACCCCAAAACCAAAUACAUACUUCUAAUUGACAUCGUCCCAGCUGAUGACCAUCGCUACAAGUUCUGUGAUAACAAGUGGAUGGUGGCUGGAAAGGCAGAACCUGCAAUGCCGGGGAGACUUUAUGUGCACCCAGAUUCCCCUGCCACAGGAUCUCACUGGAUGAGGCAGUUGGUAUCAUUUCAGAAACUCAAGCUAACAAAUAAUCACCUAGACCCUUUUGGGCAUAUCAUCCUGAACUCUAUGCACAAGUACCAGCCCCGACUACACAUAGUCAAAGCUGAUGAGAACAAUGCCUUUGGAUCCAAGAAUACUGCCUACUGUACUCAUGUCUUUCAUGAGACAGCUUUCAUCUCUGUGACGUCAUAUCAAAACCACAAGAUCACACAGCUGAAAAUAGAAAACAAUCCAUUUGCCAAGGGAUUCCGAGGUAGUGAAGAAGGAGAUCUGCGUGUUUCAAGACUACAGGGGAAAGAAUAUCCAGUGAUUUCAAAGAACAUGGUUCGUCAGAGGCUCAUCUCCUCACAUAGUCACCUUGCAGGGAAGCUCGGGGCAGGAGUUCUAACGGGGCACCCUCAAGUCCUGUCCGCUUAUCAGCAUGAGACUGGGGGGCCUUUGUCUAACUCAGACCCCCAAGAUCCCAUCACGAAUCAUUUCUCUCAGAGCAGAGAUCCCAGUCUUCUCUACCACUGCUUCAAACACAGAGAUAAUGCCCGACACCUGGAGCUUGGCUGUAAGCGUCCGUAUCUGGAGACAUCAUCUGUGGGCUCAGAGGAGCAUUAUUUUCGUUCAGCUCCCUCUUAUGAAUCGUCCAUACUGCCCCAUCCGUACUGCACUGAGGCGAUCACCUCUAGAGAGGCUUGUAUGUAUGGCAGUAUGGACACAGAGUCUGGAUCUGGGACAGGGGACACAGAUGACCUGGCCAACUCCCCUUCAAUAAAUUGCAACAUGUGGGCUACAAUGCAGCCCUACCCUCGCUAUAGUGUGGAUGGUGUCCCGUACCAGCCCUUCACGGCUCACUUCACCAAUGCAGUCACACCUGUGGUGCCACACCCCACAUCAUCCAUGGUGUCGAGGUCGCAGGUUGACAUGGGUGUCUACAACUCCACCCCAGUCCUCCAUCCUCCAUCCUCCUCCUCUUCAUCAUGUUCUUCAGCUGUUCCUGGAUCCAGAGAUGGGUCAGGCCACCCAUCUCUGUACCACAAGAAACCAGUGUCACCUCUCAGGCCUCUAAGAGAUUACUCAGCCUAUCCCACACAAGGCACAAUAGCCAUCCGGGAUCCGUCCUAUCAGUACCAAGUGGGGCUGAGUAGUGCAGGGACUCACUGGACUGACAGUUAAUGUGGACCAUUGAAAUACCAGUGUUGGUCUGAAAUGAAUCAAGGUUUUCACUCCAUUGCAGGCUGUCGAUGCCAAGCAACGGUAACCAAAAGCUAUUUACCUCCAUGAAUUCACACACAAGCAAUUACAGUGUGAUAGAAACUGUAUUUAGUGAAUAGUGGCUGACCUCCUCUUUUUAAUGUGUAGAAUCUAUACAAUGAGCCUGUGAUCAGAUUAAGUGAACUCGAAUGCAAAACAUAGGUUUGAUCAGCGCUUCAGCUUUGUCAGAGGGAGCAUUAAGCUUGUUUGAAAGUAACUUAUAACAACUAACUAUCCCAUUAGACUUAGCUAGCAAACUAAAAGUAACAUUGACUGCAAUGUUUUGUCAAAAAAUAGAGAAGGGGAAAUUAGCAGAUGCCAUUUUUUUCUAUAGAGGUCAAUACUUUACAUUUUAGAUACAUACAAGUUGAGAGGAUGAGGCUGGCAUUAUUCUAUACUUUUCUAAUUUUCAACAAAUCCCAUGAAAAGACUUUCACUCGAAGACUUGAAGACUUUCGAGACUUUCUCACUUCCUAUUGGCUCUCACCUUCAAGUAUUCUUAUAUAGUUUCAUUUUAUUUGAAAAGGAGUGUAUUUGUUAAGCUAGUUCAGGCAGUCAACCUGAGUAAAAAUAUAGAUAUAUCAAAUGCCCCCUAUUGAUUAGCAGCAUACUUAAGUUGUCCGAGCACUACACACUCUGUUACUGAAUGCCUGUUGUCAUGCUACAACACUUUUUUUCACAAGCCCCCCUCCACCUAUAGGCUUAUAGUCCAUAUUCCCCAUAGGGAUAAAUUCCUAUUGUCAGUCUAUCUCCCCGUUAUGCAGAGCUUGGUGCCCCGUUUUGGGGAGUGACAAAUCAGAGCUUCAACUGCAAAUAUUCUAGGUUGCAUUCUACAUUCACAUAAUUAUUCCAUGUGAGUUUACAAAUUGAACUCACCAUAUUUGGCGAGUUUUUACAGGAGCAUGACAGCAUAUGUAGGAUUGUUCAUGAUUAGGAAGCAAUGUGACAGCUUGGGCGUGAAGUAUCAUUUCAUCGUUGGUCUGGGUCUUUUCAUUGGAUUAGUUGACAAUAAGAAUAAUGUAGAUAAUUGCGGAUCCUUGAGACAUAUUCAUCUGGGAUGGGAUGUAAAGUAUAGUUUUGAAAGCCAUGAGCCUUUCAAUCCUAACUGUUCACGUGCCAAAAUGGGUUUUGUUACACAAGGAUUUUUAACGAACAAGUGUUUUGAGUGAAAUUUAGGUUUAUUGUGUGUACAAUAGGAAUUGUGUCAGCUAAGACAUUAAAUUGGAAAGUCAAGGUAGGGCAGUCUUUUCCCAUGUUGUAGGCCUACAUACAGAGCAACAAGUUCAUGUGAAAGGUGCACCACAAAAGCAGCUAGCAUUAUUUCUGUAGGUCUAUACUGGUUGCAUGUGACAAGUCAGACUGAGCCAUUCUGCUGUAGUUGGAUGUUUAAGCUUGGCUCCAAACAAUAUGUCUAGUUAAAUGGGACAACAAAGAACUCUCAGGCGGAACCAGAUGGCAGUUUAAAAAAAACUGAUCUUAAGCGAGUACCGGAAAAUAGAACUGCGAAAAAUUCCCACUGCCACAUGACUUCCUAGGAAAAAAUCUGCAAGGAUUGGAAAAUACAAAACAGCCUGAGUAGACAUGGAAGCUGAGGGGGUAGAGUUUGAACUUGCAUUGGCAAUGAAAGAUGGAGGUUGGUAAUCCCUCAUGAAUUUGUGUAUUGUUUCCUUUUUCAUGUUGUUAAAUUCAUAACAAUUUGAAUAUACUGACAUUUUUGCACCCCUGAUAAAUAAACAUUUUCAUUUCUCUGAUUUUUGCAGUACUUUAUCCAAGGCCAGCUCUGUACAACUAAACUAUAUUACAAAAAAAUUUGUAAGGGCGUUACCAUUGUUGAUACCUGAUGCUUUCCGUAUUGUAGCAUUUUCAAAUAAAAAAACAGUUUUUAGCAUUUUA